AAAACCAAAAUUCCCACACGUGUUACGUACUCCACUCCUCACCAUCUCCUCCAUCCACCUGUCACUCACUUCCCGACCGCCAAAAAUGUCUCGCGCGAACAGCGCGCUCUCAUCUAUAAAUUAUAAAACACUUUUACCUUAAUUUCCUCGCUUACCACAAAAAUUCUCUCUUCGUCUUUCGUAUCGGGAAAUCGAGGAAAAGACAUUAUGGAAUCCCAAAAUCUGAAACAACGUAACAGCAGAGAUGGCCCCGACGUGACCCCCAUGGACGCCGUUGCCGCCGACGACAAAACCAAAAGUAGUAGUAGCAGGCCGAGGCGUGACAAGAGAAUGGCCACAGCCAAACGCGGUCUCAGGUCGCUAGCCGUAGCAGUAUCGAUUCCUCUCUCUAUGACCUUCUUCGACAUCUAUUUCUCUGGCUCAAGUGAAAUCUACGGCGCUCGAGCGAAACCGUUUUGGUUUCCGCCGCUGUGGAUCCUGAAUUUAAGUUACUUGGGCUCGAGUUUCUUGAUGGGCCUCGCAGCUUGGCUUGUUUGGGCCGAAGGUGGGUUCCAUAGGAACCCAGCGGCUCUGUCUCUGUAUUUGGCUCAGCUGGGGUUGAGUUUGGCUUGGUAUCCAAUCGUGUUCGGGAUGGGGUCGCCUUGGUUCGGAUUAAUUGUGUGUUUGGGCAUGUUUGGGGCUUUGGCGGGGUGUUCUAAGGCAUUCAGAGCGGUUAAUCCGAUUGCGGGUGAUUUCGUUAAGCCUUGUUUGGCUUGGGCUGCUUUUUUGGCUGUUGUAGAUGUUGAGCUUCUUUUUCUCCACAAGCAUUGAGAGUAAAUAUUUAGUGCGACUUUUUGUUAAUAAAUAAUAACUAGCUGGAUGGUGUUUAUAAAUACAAAUUUCAAAUUUUUAAUUUUUUAACU